CUCUACAUCCCAACCACAAAGCAUGUAGUCGGUUAUUUAUGAACACACAACACCUCCUCGAACGAGCCUACGGUUCUAUCUCACACGAUGUUGUCAAACGUGCGACCGCCUCGCCUCUCGUCUACGCCCUUCAACCGUCCACCGUGAACUUUAGCCAGCGUGCGCCUUCGCGCGACGAAGCAGACGAACGUCUACCAGCGCACGUCUCUGGCGUGAAUGCGCUCACGAUCGAUAAGUUUGAAGGUCGGUACCUGCUCUCCGGUGGCGCAGAUUCUUCGAUCGCGAUAUGGGAUCUCGAAUCCCAGCCGAUCGCUUCAGACGGAUACUUUACGUAUGGGCCGCUGUCGGCUGUGAAUAAGACGACGGAAGAGCAUAGGCUGGGCAUCACACAGAUAUCGUUCUAUCCCUUCGACAGCUUGGCCUUCCUCACGUCGUCGUACGAUCACACGGUCAAGAUCUACUCCAGCGAGACGCUUGCGCCGUCCGCAUCCUUCGACUUAGACUCCGUAGUCUACAACAUCGCGCUCUCGCCCGUUGCUUCGCAUCUCCUCGUCGCAUGCGCAACCCAGCAUCCCUCAGUACGCCUUGUAGAUCUACGAUCCGGAGCUAGCACACAUAGCCUAGCAGGUCACUCAGGUGCCAUCCUAAGCACGGCAUGGAGUCCGAUCCGAGAACAUAUACUUGCUAGUGGGGCGACGGACGGAAGUGUACGGUUUUGGGACGUCAGACGUAGCGUAGGCGAGCUCGGCGUCUUAGAUCUGGAGGACUCAGUCGGUGUAUUGGGUAAACCAACAUCCUCCUUCACGCGCAACUCUGUCCAAGGGAAAGCGCACAGAGGUCCUGUCAACGGCAUCGUAUGGUCAGAAGAUGGGCGACAUUUGGUAACUUGCGGCCACGACGAGCGCAUCCGUGUUUGGAGUACAGAAUCAGGCGCGAACACGCUCGCUAACUUUGGGCCUAUGGUCAGGAAUUCGGGACUAGCGCCUUGCAUUCCUGUCCUGACACCUGUGCAGAACUUGCAUCCGAAGAAGGAUAUCUUGUUCUACCCCAACGAGCACGAGAUCCUGGGAUACGAGCUUUUCGAAGGGAACUUGUUCCGCCGGUUACGGCGCCCGGAGCAGCAGAAGCGCGUGCAUGAAGCAUCCACUACCAAGGGACAGCGCAAUGUCAAAGACAGAGUCACGGCUUUGACGUGGCGUGCACAUGAUGUAGAGAUGUACUCCGCGCACGCAGACGGCAGCAUCGCCGCAUGGAAACCGCGAACGGAAGAGGACGCUGAGCUCGACGAAGAGGAAGAGCAGGAGCGGGAAGACAACGAGGAGAGUAAGAAGAGGAAGAGAGGAGUCCUAGAUGAGAUAUAUCAGGGUCUCACGAAGAAGCAGAUCACAUUCGGAGGGCUGUGAGAAUGUACGCUUGUUCUAGGUUAUCGACAGUGUCAUAUUAUCAUCUCAUCGUACAUCUACAUGGACAUGGGCUUGUGCCGCCCUCUGCUAGAUACCUAAAAAUGCUCGAGCAUAUGCAAACGUAUCAUCAAUACAUA